AUGGCUCGCCGUUCCUCUCUGGCAUCCUUACCCUCAUCUAGCAGAAGUGCCGAGACCGUCCUCUAUAGUAGCCAGUCGCGAGCAGAUGGGUUCGGCAGACCUAUGGAGCGUAAGGUGUUGACGCUGUCGACUUUGGUGGACAGCACACUUGACCGUGCAGCAGGACUAGAGGGCUUCAACCCUGAUGAGUUGCUUGAGAAGCAUUCUGUCUCGGAGGUGAAGGGCGUGCAACAAAAGUUGAGACACAAUGCGGAGGCGAAGCAGCAAGAGCUUCGCCUUAUGCGUAGGGAACGCUACCGCGACCUGCUGCAGGCCUCUACCUCGAUUACGUCGAUGGCAGAAUCCUCUCAGCGUGUGUUAGAGGCCUGUCGUGAAAUGCAUGACGUUGUUGCAUCCAUACAACACCCCCGGAUACAGAAACGUUCUUCUGUGGAAGAAGACAAGCACUUACAAGCCUUGCAACAACUAUCCGCGCAUUUGAAGCUACUACUGGACGCUCCCGAACAUCUAUGGCGUUUCAUGGAACAACGGUCAUAUCUUCAUGCUGCCUGGCUCUAUCUGACGGCCCGCGCUGUGCAUCAAACAUUGCUACAUGGAGACGAAGAUGUCAGUCGAAAUUGGCAGGCCUAUGGGAUAGAUGUAUCCGAAGAUAUGCCACUAGUGCAACGCCAGUGGGACACGAUCUCGCCCUUCAGAUCCCAGAUUGCACAUAGAGCGACUUUGUUCCUCCGUGAGCAUACGGCCUCCUCUACAGAAACAUGUGCGGCUCUCCUGACAUUAUAUCUGUUGGAGUCCCGCCCAUUGGUGGAGACGCUGUCGAUCUUUCUAGCGCAGAGGUCAAAGACUCUGUCGUCCUUGCUACCACAGUUUCAAGGGAAAACGACGAAUGGUCAUGCACAUAAUGCGCCUAACAAGGAUAAGCCGUCCAGUAGAGCCAGGAAGGCAUUUGUACGUGAAGCGAGGCAAAAGCUGCAAGCUGUUCUAGAACUUGUGUCGAGAACACUUGGGACGGCCCGGUUGUUGUUUGGCGAUGGGCACUCUGAGGGCGUGCCUGUUAUACAACAGGCUCUUCACUAUAUAGAGACUGAAGAAGCGUUGCCUGAACUUCCGCCAGGGCUUCAAAUGACGACACAAUCGCUCCUAGCAAACCUUCCAUCCUCCGCGCACUUCCUUCUUCUCCCUGUUAGCAUCAAGUCCUACAAGCCGUAUGUCGCUGGCACCUCCACCUCGUCUCAAUUUGCCCCAGGGCAGCUCCGCGACAAGCUAGAUAACUAUUUCGACCAAUCUGUGACCUCCAUCCGCCAUGCGCUUGAACAGUGGGUUGCACAUCUGGAGACCGCCCGGGAGGUCUGGGAUGUCCGCACUGUAUCCUCGAAGCUCGUCAAAAGUCUUGAAGGCCUGGAUUCUCGCGAAAGGACACAAUUACGGUCCCUCUUGGAUGACGUCUCUCAACGACAGGUGACCUCGCUCUGGAAGUCCGCGCUGGCCGACAUAGAGACCUCUUUCAGAGAACGCGUAGAUCAUGCGCUUGACGCUUUGAGAACUCAUGCGAAUGUGCAACGUGCAGAUGUCCAACCUGUACAGUAUCUCUUCGAGCAAGCACCGCUUCCGUCCGCGUCGCAAGUAGGUCUGAAUCUGUCAUCGGCUGCUUCAUCCUUCCAGCGGUACAAAACCACGUUGCAACGUCAGUUGCACGGCCGCACACCGUUGAUCGACGACAUCCUCAAUACAGUCGAGCGCUAUGCGCGGGAACUCCAUGAAGACAUUGAUGCGGUUCGGAGCAGAGAUGAAGAUAGUCGAACACUUGCUGAACAGACGAUCCAGAAUUAUCGUCCUGAGGCCGAAGCCUUCUGCUCUAGGCUUGCACAAUCUAUGGAGGAGACUGCAGACUUCUCUGAUGACGGAGGCAAGUACUUUCGCCUAGAAAGAUAUUCUCUCAAGACUGACGGACGUGUAGGAUGCAGUGACGUCGCCCUCGAUGCGUGUCGGAAGAAGCUAGAAGCGCUGCAGUACAGGACAUAUCAGCGAUGGCAGGACUAUCUCCUCAACCGGAUCGUUUCUGCGCAUUGGCCGGCUGAUUCGUAUUCAGAAGGCACUUCAAAUGGAUCAAAUGGCAUUGCUGCACAGGAUAGGACAGCCAUUGGUUCUCCUCCCACUCGUCCCUCGUCUGCUCUUCUGCAAGCGCUACUUGCACUGGUCACCUCGAUACAAGACCUUGGAGUGUUCAUAGACUCGGAGCGCCGACAACGGAUAGCCGCCGACAGCCUCCGCGACCUCAUCAUCCGGAUGUUGGAUCAGAUCUACUCACCCGCCCGUGUCUCUGGGAGAAUGGCUGCGCAAGACGUUUGGGACCUGCGAUUCAUCCGGGGGAUUACGGAGCUCUGGGGUAAUGCGUGGUCAGAGAUUGUGCAACGAUUAGAGUGUAUGGUGUCCAAGAUGCAAGAGAAGCAACCACAACUUGACAUGGACAAGAGCCUGGCGGAACACUUGUCACGGGUGCAGAUCCUUCUCGCACCUAUGCUACCGCCGCCUUCACUUUCAGAGCCACCCGCCUCAUCAAGUGACAGGGGAAAGUCCGUCGGGCUGCUGUGCUAUGGCCAGCCAGUAACCGAGCAGCAGUUCCAUUCAGCGUUGGACCUUGUAAAACCUUCCGCGCGUUUCGGGCUGCUCCUCGUUGGCAAUACUGCGGUGCGGUAA